AUGCCUCGAGGUCAGAAGAGCAAGCUCCGUGCCCGUGAGAAACGCCGCCUGGCCCGUAGUGAGAACCAGAGUCUGGAGGGUGCUCAAGCCAUUGCAGCAGCAGAAGAAGGUGACUCUGUCUAUUCCCUCUUUGAGGGUAUGCUCCAGAACAUGUCUGUUGCUGAGACAGAGAGCCCUCCACAGUCACCUCAGAGAGCCCCAUACACCUCCAACACUACUGCAGCUUUUUCAGGCACUACUCCUGAUGAAGCUGUCAGAAGUCCAACCGUGGAAAGCCUAAAUUUCUCACAAGGCACUGAGGGCAUCCGCAAAGAUCCUUUAAACAAGAAAGUGGUUUUGUUGGUGCAGUUCCUGCUGCAGAAGUAUCAAAAGAAAGAGCCAAUUACAAAGGCAGAUAUGCUAAAGUAUGUUAUCAAAAAGUACAAGGGCCACUUUGAUGAGAUCCUCAAAAGAACCUCUGAGCACUUGGAGCUGACCUUUGGUGUUGAUUUGAAGGAAGUAGAUCCCAUAAUGCAUUGCUAUACCCUUGUUAGCAAGCUAAACCUCACCUCUGAUGGAAUGAUGAGUGAAGAGAGCAUGCCCAAGACUGGCCUCCUGAUGAUUGUCCUGAGUGUGAUCUUCAUGAAAGGCAACUGUGCUCUUGAAGAGGAGAUAUGGGAAAUGUUGAAUAUGAUGGGUGUGUAUGCUGACAGAAGGCAUUUCAUCUAUGGGGAACCUAGGAAGAUCAUCAAUGAAGAUCUGGUGCAGCUGAAGUACCUAGAGUGUCAGCAGGUGCCCAAUAGUGAUCCUCCACGUUAUGAAUUCCUGUGGGGUCCGAGAGCCCAUGCUGAAACCACCAAGAUGAAAGUCUUGGAGUUUUUGGCCAAGAUCCAUGAUGCUGUCCCUAGUGAUUUUCCAGUGUGGUAUGAAGAGGCUUUGCGAGAAGAGGAAGAGAGAGCACAAGCCAGAGUUGCAGCCUUGGCUCGUACUUCUGCCAUGUUCAGCAACUAA